UCGGUGUGUCAGAGCCCCCACAUGGGCAAACCGGCGAGAGCGUUCAUUGACUCCCCCCUCCUUCCCAUUCCGUAGUACACAUCGGCUCUGCGUCGGGCUCAGGUUAUCCGACAUCCACCUAUUGUCUGUCGCGCGCGAAAGAGGAGCAGCGUACGAGACAGAGGCCCGUCGCUUUCGCUCUCUACACCGUGCAAGGAACUGCCGUCUUCCCACGUGCGUCUAUUGCUGGGAACCCGUGGCCGUUCCUCGCCGUGUAUUCCUCAUAGCCCCGCCAGACGCCGGUCCUCCCCACCUGUUGCCCUGACGCGAGCACCGCAUCUUACUAUUCAUCCUUCGUGCACUGCUGUGACGGUUACGAACCAACACCUUGGUUUGAGGGGGCGUUACUCAGCAUAGUGCUUUUGGCCCACGCUCGUCAAUUAGCAGCUUCAACCGACCGAGUUUGACUAUAGUUCGGGUUGGUGUUCAGUGUCCAUCCCACAGAAGUGAAACCCGAAGCAAUCUCGGAGCCAAGGCUUCGCAGCGGUGUCGACGAGACCGCUAAGGCGUCCUCAGCACGGACCGCCGUGCGGCGACGAGACACAGUAUCCUCUUGCGACGGACGGGGAAGUGUUGGAUCGUGCCCGAAGACAAAAGGACAACCGAGACGUCGUCGGCUGCACUCUCUGCCGCCAGCCGUCGACUUGUGCGAGUUUCGUAUUUCGCGCCGCCCGAAAAAUCUCGCGCAAAUGAUGGCUGCCAGACGACGAGGGACCGUGUCAACCGCAGUGCUGACGCUUGUGCUGCUAUCGCUAACGCAGCUCGCGCACCUGGCAUCAACGGAAGUCAACACUAUCGAUCGUCGUUCCGGUCGUUUUUCGGCGCAGAUAGCGCAUCACACCGAGCUUCCCUACAUCUGGGACCCUCCGGAACCUUCGGACGUCGUCGAUGGACCGCUUCCUGAUGAAUUCGAAGUGCCGGAGACGUCGUCUAUCCAUGGUGACGACACAGCACUUACUACACAAAGCGGCACCAACGACGAGUCCAACGAGAUCCACGCUGCGGACGGAUUGGGCGUGCACGGUGAAGUCCUGUCUCUGUCGUUGCAGAACGACGCAGGUGUGGCUACUGAAUACCUGGUGGGGCCUAACUCUCUUAGGCCAUCGCGCCUGCCGCCGUACGAACCGCGAAACCCGCCUAAGCAGUACCAACCCUUGCACGAGUUUUACAGAUACCCUCAUCGACCGUUCACUGUCGCGAGGACCUUCCUGUGUAACUUCGACGAGCACGCGUGUGGCAUGCGGAACCAGAAGAACAUCGGAGCGCACUUCAAGCUUGUUUCCGGCAGCAUCGCUGGCCGAGAAGGACGCUAUAUGGCGGUGGACUCUCAACUGGUUCCAGCCGGUGUGUCGCGGCUAAUCACUCCCUACCUGCCGGGAUACCCGAACGCCAUGGUGUGCCUCCAGUUGAAGUACUUCGUGCACGGUCCGGGCGCCGAGCGUAUCCAGAUCGUAGCGCAAGACAUCGGCAACCGGCCGCUUUUCUCGCUCGAGCGACACGAGGCCCCCGCCUGGAUGACGUUCACUCACAACAUGACCGUGCAUCAGGACUUGCGGUUCUUCAUCGAGGCCUACACGAACGGCCAGCCUGGUCGGAUUGCCAUCGACGAUUUCACGUACAGUUUCGACACGUGCCACCACUGAAUCCUUCGGUACCUGCGAUGCGAUCGUUUCACUUGGAUUCUGCGUGGAACCUCGGGAUUCGGGUGACAACCGAUAAGAUCUUCGCUCGAACCCGGUCUUCCUUGUUCAACGCGGAGGCCUCUUCAUCUAACUCAUUUAUUUUUGUUGACGUGGUCCAUGCUUCGUUCUGUUCUGUAAAUAUACUAAAACCGAUGUGUAUAUAAUAAAGUUCACCGUCUGAGGCCUC